AUGUCUGACUCUACUCAUUCUUCUACUCAAUCUUCUUCUCAAUCUUCUACUAAUUCUCCUACUCAAUCUUCCAGCACUCACAACUCUCUUCCGACCACGUCAUCCGGUCCCUCAUCUACUCUACAAACAGUGGCUCCAAAUCCAGUAUCACAAUCCUUCACUUUCAAUGGGCAAAACUUCUUUUCCGGGUGCAUCGGAACAGGAAACGUCAACGGAACACCUACGAUUCCGUCUGCACACUACUCUGACCUUAUCGCUGUCAAAGAAUCGGAAGUUGAAGAGUGGAAAAACAGAUACAAUGAACAAACAGUGGAAUUGGACAGAAUCAAGGAAUUGUUGGCUACUCAUCAAGAUCAACACAGAAUUAUGGAGAUUGCAUUAGCUGCGAAAAGCGAUGAAUUUGCAGAGAUGAAAGAGAUGUGGAUCGCUGAAAAACAAUGUACGGAAAUGAAGGAGAGGGAACUGGCGACUAUGAGAAUACAGGUGGAGAGUAUUCAGAAGAAGAACACAGAUCUCACGGUUCUUCAACAAAAAAUGGAGGAGACAGCGUUGAAAAAAGAUUCGGAAAUGCAAAAUUAUGAGACUGAGAGAAAUCAGAUGAUCAAGAAUGUCGAUGAAAAUGUACAGAAACUAGAAGAACUCGGCCGAAAGUGUGAAGAAGAAACGAGAAUGCACACUGAAACAAAAAAAAUUCUGGAGAUGUCAAAACAACAAGUGAGGGCACUGGAAAAUUUGAGCAUUGAAAUGGAAACUGGAAGAAGGAGGUUGGAAGAUGACGUGGAAACGAUUAGAAACAAGUACAAUGAUGCCAAGAGAUGGAUUGAAAACGGAAAAAAGGAGAUAAAGGAGCUACAGGAAAUUGUGCUAGUAAGAAACAAAUUAAAUGAUAAGAAGACGGAAGAGAUACACCACAAGCAAGGCAUCAUCAAUUUGCUGGGAAGCGAAAAGAGAAGGCUCAAAAAACGUAUCGACGAGCUGGAAGCUUCAAGACAAGGGAGAGUGCGACGAUCAAUGAGACAACCGAUUGGAAUGGAAGAAGAUAACGGACGAUAA